AGACGCAUCAUAGCCGACGUACUGUCCACUCCAUACAUUCACCAACUUGAGCUUUUUUUUUAUAAAACUUGCAUGUGUUUUUGUCUGUUGUUUUGCUACAAUCAUUUACUAGAAAUUUGACAGCAGUACUCUCAAGCAGCUCAAUGACAAUGGCUUGUUCAAUUCUCAUCAAGCAAAGUUAAUGUGAACAUAUUUUUUAUUGGAACAGUUUGACUAUCUACCUCAGUUUUGUUUACAAAAACUAUUUUAAAUCAACAUGUUAGUGCAGUCAUCAUAUUAAAAAAUAAUGUGUUAUUUACAUUAAUGUGCAUGAACUUUUUAAUUACUGACAAGUUCAACUUAAAUAGAACCCCACACAUUCAUUAUAAUGUCCAAGUCUUCAGAAGAAGUGUUGUUGAUAGUGAAAAAUGUCAAAAAUAAAAAAACAGAUGGAACUUUGUAUAUGAUGGGGGAAAGGAUGGCAUGGAUGCUUGAAUCUAAAAAUGUGUUCAAUAUAAGCUACAUGUAUGCAGAUAUUAAAACGCAGAAAAUCUCACCUGAAACAAAGGAGAAGGUGCAGCUCCAGGUUAUCCUCAAUGACGGCAGUGCAAACACAUUCCUCUUCAAUAACCCCAAGGGACGGCAGGUACAGUUGCAGGACAGGGAGUCUGUGAAGGAGCUGCUACAACAGCUUUUGCCCAGGUUCAAGAGGAAGAUCAGCUCAGAGCUGGAGGAGAAGAACAGAAUCCUUCAGCAAGAUCCAGAAUCUUAUCAGCUAUAUAAAGACUUAGUUGUAAGUGGAGUUAUCUCCCCUGAAGAGUUCUGGGCCUCAAGAUCACAUUUAUUAUCAACAUCAUCAUCAUCAUCAUCUAGUAAAUCAUCAGCAGGUCAGAAUGUUGGGGUUUCCCCUGCUUUCUUGGCUGAUAUCAAACCACAAACGGAUGGUGCUAAUGGUCUUAAAUACAAUCUUACAGCUGACAUAAUUCAGUCUAUUUUUAAAACAUACCCAAUGGUGAAAAAGAAACACGCUGAAGCAGUUCCCCAUUCUGUGAGUGAGUCUGAGUUUUGGACCCGUUUCUUUCAAUCUCAUUAUUUUCAUAGAGAUCGUCAGGCCCUUGCAUCUAAAGAUAUUUUUACUGAAUGUGCCAAAAAUGAUGAAGAAGUUAUGAAAGAAGAAAUAAGUAAGAAUGUGAAUGAUCCAUUGGUUGAUUUGACACAGAUUAAAGAUCAGGAAGUGGAUGAGGAAUACAGAGGGAUAGUGGACGACACCAGAGCCAGCAAUAACACAGCCAACCAAUCAAUGAUCAGACGCUUCAACCAACACUCCACCAUGGUACUCAGGGCCUGCAGCAACACCACACCAUCCUCGUCCACCCCAGAUCCCAUCACAGCAGAGAGUCCAGCACCCUCCAAUGGUAGGAAGACAAAACUCCCUGGCAGCCUCAAUGGUGUUCAACCUUUUUUAAAUGGUGCGUCCACAAGUAGUGGCUAUACACAGGAACCUCAUAUAAAGAAGAGAAAAAUCAAAGAAAAACUGGAAUAUGAAGAUCUAGAUAACAAAGAUGCAGCAGAGGGGGUAACACUAAGGUUAACACAUAUGGAUCGCUACCUUCAUGGGCCCACACCAGCAACCAGCAGUUUUAGCCAUGAUAACAGGGAUGUAAUGAUGGAUGUGACUACUGAAGAUUCUAUAAACGCAGUAGCAUAUGAAGUGAGCAGCUGGGGACAUUCAAGACACAGGUUUUUAGGUGGUACACAAGCCCUCUCAGUAUUGGGUGAACUUUCACCUGGCGGUGCUUUAAUGUCUGGUACCACGCUACAAAAACUUCACCAACAAGUGGCGCCUGCAACUAGAGAUGAGAUCAAACAGAACUAUAAUGCCAUGUGUGAACUGCUGCGACAUUUCUGGGCAUGUUUUCCAGUUUCAUCUAAAGCCUUGGAAGACAAGGUGCUGAAGAUGCGAAUGACUUUAGAAAGAUUUGAGAUGAGUAAGCUUGUACCAUUAAAGGAGAAACUAACACAGUAUCAUUAUGCUAUGAAUCUGACAGGGCAUUUGGAAGAAAUGUUGAGAGCAGCCUACAAUAAGUUUGACCUGUGGCAGGCCAAACGAAGUGCUAGGAGAUAAUGACAAGAAUGUUUAUUGAUUCACCCUUAUGGUCAUUUUUGCUUGUUUGUAAUUUUUGUUCAAGUCAAAAUGGGCAACUAUAGAUGGUAAACCCUAUACUCUUUUCAAAUUUCAUGCUUUUGUUUUGUUUUCUUUUAGAAAUGUUUUGUUAAAAGCGUUUUUUUAAUGCUUUCCCUCUGAGAUAGAUACUGGGCAUUACCAUAUUGCAAUUUAAUGUGACCCAUUAUUAAAGCAAUAUUUUUUUAACCUCCUACAUUUAGAAAAAAAAAACAGAGUUGAUGCUUAUGUAUUUUACAUUUUGUUACUGCUACUUUUAAAUAGAUACUUGCAUCUUCAGCUGCCCAUUAUUUUGCAUAUUUACUAUGUUAAAACUUAGUAUCUCUGCAGUAUACAUUUUCUCUGAUUGAAGGAAUAUGGAUGUUGUUCUUCAAAUUGUAUAGCAAUUUUUGUACAUAUAAAGCACAAGAUUAUAAAAAUAAUAUUUUGAGCCAAAUUGAUAUAACAAAUUACACUAGAAAAAGUGAGUUUUUCAAUUUUCUGUGAAAUACAUAUAUAUAUUAUAAAAAAUUUCUGUUUGAUUUGUUAUUUCAUCUUCCUUUAUACUAUAGAGCAAUAACAUUUCAUGACUUUCAUCAAUAAAAAAAUGAAAUUUUAAUUUUAUUUUUUAUUCAACAUGAAAACAAUGCAGGGAAAAUAUACAUGUGACUUGGUAAAGAACAACACCCUCUGUUGAUUCAAAAAUCUUGAUAGGUUAUUACAAUAACUUUCCAGUUACACAAAAGCAUGAAUCACAGUAGUUAUUUUCAAACACAAAUUGUGUU